AUGGCACAAAAUGAUGAUACAGUGGGUGUAGUUAAGUAUAGUGUUCUGGGAGACGUUUAUGUAGUAGAUAAUGACUUACACAAGAAAGAGUUUGAAAAUGCGGUUAGUAGAUUGAUUCAAAUGACAUACAGGACAAGAUUUGAGCCUAUAGUAAAGGAUGAUGAUGGACCAUCUCCUCUGAAUAUAAAGAAUCUUUUAAGAGAUAAUUUUUACAACUCUAUUGAGAACUUGCUGUUCAAUUCCCACUGUUUUACAAGUGACAUAGGAUGGGGGUGUAUGAUUCGAACAGGACAGACGUUGCUGGCCAACGCACUGCAAAGAACUAAUAAGGGCACUCCAUGUAGUGAGAUCAUAGAGUUAUUUGUUGAUGAGACCAAAAAUCCAUUUUCAAUCCAUAAUUUCAUUACUGUAGGUAAAGAUUUAAAUUUAGUGAAGGUAGGGGAAUGGUUUUCCCCCAGUAUCACAAUUCAGAUAAUCGAGAAGUUGAUUGAAAACAAUAACGAUCACGGUAUUAAGAAAUGUAUAGUAUCGAUAUCAUCUGGGGAUAUAUACGAACAAGACGUGUUAGAUGAGUUGGAUGACUCAGAGCCACCGGCAAACACAAAACAACAACAUAUACUAUUGUUAUUUGGAAUCAAGCUCGGGAUCAACACAAUAAACAUAGAAAAAUAUGGCCAGGACAUCAAAGAUAUAACAAAUAAUAAGUACACAUGUGGCAUCUCUGGAGGACAACCAAAAUCGUCACUAUUUUUCUUUGGAUACAACAACACCCACGACAGAAUACUCUAUUUCGACCCUCAUAAGCCAAACAACUUCACAACAGAUAAUGACUACUCAACGUACCAUUCAACGGAAUUCAACGAACUGGAAAUGUUUAACUUGGAUCCGUCGAUGAUAAUUGGCUUUCUAGUCAAGAACAACAAAGCAGAUUGGAACAAAUUCAAGUCCACAAUUAAACAUUCAAACAUUAUAAAAGUCCUAUCAGGCAAGAGAACCGAUGCCGAUAGCAGCUCAUACAAGAUAACUAAAUGUACAUCCAUCGAAGACGACGAAGAGUAUAUAAUUGUAUAA